GCGCGCCGCUCCGCUCCGCGACUGAGAUGUGACCGAGCUUCGGCAGGAACCAGUGACUCAGAGGCGACCGGACGGAACCAGGACGACGGAACCGGUUCCGGAUCGUAAGUCGGGUCCGAACCAUUAAUGCUUGCUGGCGCUUCGGAAGCGGGAGGCGGCGGAUCGGGUUCGGUCUGCUGGUUGAAGAAGGUACCGGAAAGCAGCCGGAGGCCAUCGGAGCUCCGUCCGGAACACGGUGCGGUAGCUUCAGACCCCGCAGCGCCCCGCGCCUAACCUUCCACAUCCUCAUCCCGGCCUGAGGGGGGGCAGGAAGCUGCUGUCCAGGUGAGGCUAGGCCCUCUUCCGGUCGUCUGGACCAUUUAAUCCUUCCUCUCGGAGCUCCGUGUCCCGGCGGCGGCUUCCUGUUAUUGUCGCGGCCAGCUCCGGUGGAUUUCACCGUUUAACGGCAGAAUCUCGCCUUUCAGGAUGGAGGACUCGGAGACGGAGCUGACCGUGUCAGAGUCCGAUGCUCUGGGAGCGGACUUCAUCACCGUGGAACUCGACACGCAGCCUAUCGAGUACGUGGUGAAGUGGGCCGAGGUCGGUUCCAAGUUCACCAUCUCCUGCGUGAAGAAGGACUCGGACGACCCGGAGGAGCUCUCAGAGGAGCAGCUUAAGAUCGAGGCUGACGAGGCCUUCUUCGCCCCGUACGAGGAGGUCUAUCCCUGCGAGGUGACGGAGCAGAGCGUGGAGAUAAAGACAGACUCCGAUGAGGAGGACGAGGAUGUAGAGGAGACCCAGGUGCUGCUGGAGGCAGGGAGCGGCCCUCUGGACAGCGAGGUGGACUUGGAUCAGGACUACUACGAGCCGGAGGGGCGGCAGUACCGCUGCAACUACUGUGGAAAGAGCUACAGCCACGCCUCCAGCCUGUACCGCCACCAGCAGACCCACAGCGGCAAGAGCGGGUCCCAGGUGGUCUCCAAGAGGACCCUGGAGCCCACGCACCACGACGCACGCUACACCUGCCCCCACUGCGGCAUGAGCUUCAAAGGCAGCAGGAUGCUGGGCAGCCACCUGCGGCUUCACGGGAAGCGGCGCAUUCACCCGUGCAACAUCUGUGGGAAGGAGUUCAACCACAGCUCCAGCCUGUCACGCCAUCGCCUCAUCCACAAGAAGGGCAAAGGCCUCGCCAAGGACGCCGCGCUGGACCCCUCCCCCGCCACGCUGCGCCACACCCUCAAGAUCGGCACCAAGAACAAAAAGGCCAAGAAACCGCAGCACGUGGCCACCGCCAUCAUCCAGAGCCCCGCCGCCACCGACAAGUUCUAUGCCUGCCCGCAGUGCGACAUGAGCUUCAGAACAUCCACGCUGCUGUCCAAGCAUCAGGUGACCCACGUCAAGGAGCUGCUGGACAGCUACACGCCAGGGAAGGAGAACCUCGGCGAGAGCUCGUCCGACCUGAAGAUCCGCCUGAAGCUUUGCUCCCGCGACAAGCCCAACUUCUACACUCUGUGCAAGAAGAACCGCCGCCGCCGAGGAGGACGGCCCCCCAAACGCACCAGCGACGACAUGGGAGGCUCAUCGGGCAGAGACGGCGACGCACGCCGCCACUCCUGCGACCAGUGCGGGAAGACCUUCAAUCAUCCCUCCAGGCUGGUUCGCCACCAGCAGACGCACGGUAACGGCAGCGGCGGCGGCCCGGGAAAGCUGAUCCACUCCAAGACUGGACUCCCGGCCUCCAAGACCAAGACCUACAUGUGCACCGCCUGCAACAAGACCUUCAUGCACUCCUCAAGCUUCUCCCGCCACAAGAAGGCCCACCUGCAGGCCGCCGCCAAGACCCGCAGCCCACCUGUGGUGGACGAGACCGCCCCGCUGGAGUCUGACUCUGAAUGAGGCGCCGGGUCGGUUCCGGGCCGGUUCAGGAUGGGUUCUGAACCGGAUCCGGGUCGGUUCUGGGUCUGUUCUGGACCAGCGCUGACUGGUUGUGGGACCAGCUGAGGUCACUUUCAGAAAUGUUCUGGACCCGUUGGGAUGUUGAGUUCUCCAGGUUUCAGGAACUGGUUCUUCGGUUUCGAUGGCAGCAGGACGUCCAUAUAUGGGCAUUCGGUGGGGGAUUUCCAUAUAUGGUUGGAACCUUUAGCUUCACCACCUGUUCUUGGCCCCGCCCACUACCUGCCCCUCCCUCAGACAAUCCCGCCUCACCUCCCUCAGCCUCAUGGGAAACGGAGACAGCCGACACAGACUCCUCAGUAAACUGACUGCUGAUUGGCUGGAUGGUGAGCGAUGGUUAGUGAUCUGAACUCGCUAAACUUCCUCCUGUUGACAAAAUAAAAGCAUUUCCUGUGUAAGCCCCGCCCCUUCUUUUCAGUUCCUGCUCGUCCUCACUUUGAACUGUGAAUGGGAGUUAAUUUAAUAGUGAUUUAUUUAUAAAUGUGCCCUCCCCCCCCAGUCUCUAGAAAAUAAGCAGCACUUGAAGCUCCGCCCCCUUGAAGCCCCGCCCCCUGCCCUGGUUGUGUUGGUUUGUUUGGGUUUGGCUCUGUGGGCAUAAAGAACGACGUUCAUCAUUGUAUCGUGUUUUCAUUUAGAAUAAACCUGUUCACCUGUUAUUGUCCCGCGUUUUGUAAUAA